UAUCGACUCAAGAAAAGCUCUAAAAUGGGUAAACUCUCGUUAAUAAUUGUGCUUACAUUGGCCUUGAUUGUCAUUAGUGUCAAUGCAAGUCCAGGAAGAGGAGGAGGCGGAAGUCGCGGAGGAUUUAGAGGUCAUUCAGGCGGUUCUAAAGGCGGAGGUUCGAAAGGAGGAAGUUCUUCAAGUGGUUCAAAAGGAGGUUCUCAUGGCAGUCAUGGGUCUAAAGGAGGACAAAGCUCACCAGGAGGUUCUAAAGGCAAUCCGGGGUCUAAAGGAAAUCCAGGAUCCAAAGGCAAUCCAAGCUCCCACAGUAAUCUAGGUUCAAAGGGAAAUCCUGACUCUAAAAAUCCUCCAUCUGAACCGAACUCAAACUCUCCUUCUAAACCGAAUUCUAACCCUCCAUCUAAACCGAACUCAAAUCCACCAUCCAAACCUCAAAAUCAUGUAGAUGUCCAUGUUGAAGGCACCGUCGAUGUACAUUGGGGCUCCAAGAAACGAAGCGCUUAAAAAAAUCUUGCAAUAAAUUCCAUAGACUUGAACAUCCCUGACCUUUUUUCAUUGAUUCUCGCAACUCGUUCCACGAUAAAUAGACUGAACUCCGUACAGCGAAAUUCCUCAAGAGCUCACAUCAUUCAAGUAUAUAAACAAACACCAUUUACAACAACUCCGUAUCACAUCACAAGCACUUUUGCUUGCCAUCUAUCUCGUGUCGUCGUCGUCGUCGUCGCUGCUCGUCGGCCCUAAAAAUAUGUGUGGCAAGAUUGAUGAAUACGUGCCUGUUUGCGUUUCACAUCAUCAAAAAAUAUGUUAUUUUGCAUGAAUUAUUAAAAUUUUCUCUUCUUUUUAUCAUAAACCAGCCGACGACGAGAUGCUCUUCAAAACUAACAGCUACACACAGAAGGUGGUGCAAUCUUGUAACCGUAAAAAAAAAACUAAUAAUAACCUUUAACAA